AUGUGUCAGAGUCUCCAGGAGAACGUCUUUGUCUGCCUCUUUGUUGACCAUUUUCUUUCUUUCUUUCAAUUCUCUCUUUGUGCCACUGUCCUUGAUCUUACGGAAGGGCGACCACCAGGUUGCCAUGGCGAUCCUCCUGCAGCAUAGCAACAACCUCAGCACCGGGCUCGGCUCCGCGUCGGAUCCCGCUGGCGUCGCGCUGGGCCGGGCGGGUCACACCGCGGCGGCCGUGGUCCUCGGAUUCAUCCUGGUCCUGGGCUUCCUCGGUAACUUCCUUGUGCUCAUGGUGUUCUCGCGCUUCCCCGGUCUGGUGACUCCGGUGAACGUGCUGCUGAUCAAUAUCAGCGCGAGCGACAUGCUCGUCUGCAUCCUCGGGACCCCCCUCAGCUUCGCGGCCAGCGUGCGCGGCAGGUGGCUGACCGGCUCGUACGGGUGCCGGUGGUACGGUUUCUCCAACGCGUUUUUUGGAAUAGUUUCUCUGGUGUCUCUCUCUCUGCUGUCCUUGGAGCGGUACUCUACAGUGCUGGGCAGAACCCACUCGAACUCUGACCCCUCUCAGUACCGCCGGGCCUGGCUGGCUGUAGCGGCUUCCUGGCUCUACUCUCUGGUCUGGACUCUUCCACCGCUGCUGGGCUGGAGCAGCUACGGGCCGGAGGGUCCCGGCACCAUCUGCUCCGUUCAGUGGCACCAGCGCUCCACCGCAGCGCGCUCCUACAUCGGCUGUUUGUUCGUCUUCUGCCUGCUGCUGCCGCUCCUGCUCAUGUUCUUCUGCUAUGGGAGGAUCUUGCUGGCCGUGCAAGCGGUGGCAAGACAGGUGAGCAGGAUCAAUCAGUCCUCAGCUGAGAGGAGGGAAAGCCGCGUCCUUUUAAUGGUGGUCUCCAUGGUGACAGGCUACCUGUUGUGCUGGAUGCCAUACGGUGUUGUGGCGAUGCUCGCCUCCUUUGGAAAGCCCGGCGUGGUGUCGCCUGCCGCCAGUUUGAUCCCGUCGCUGCUGGCAAAGACCAGCGCCGUCCUCAACCCUGUUAUUUAUGUGCUGCUCAACAAGCAGUUCUCCCGGUGUCUCCUGUACAUGAUCAGGUGCAGCUCAGAAGCCCCUCCCACCAAAGCUCAACACACAAGGCCCACCAGAAGGGGUGUCUGGCGUCACCCGCCAACAGAGGACCAAAACACGGUGCACGCCCUGUACACAUCCAGGGACCAGCAGCACCAGCAGCCUGUGCUGGUGCUAGUGGCUCAAUAUGCAACAUAGAGGUCAGAGGUCAACUUAGUUUGAUGAACAAAGGCAUUACAAUUUUAACUUUCACUUAAUUUCACCUAUUUUUAAACAAAAAUGUAACAUACUACAGGAAUUAUUUUAGUUCUAGAAACGUUUGUUCUGUUGAUAAAUCUUGUGGACCGUGCAGCUUCAUUUUGAGUAUUCGUAGCAGUUCAUCACAGCAGCAGAUGUACAGUAUGUUGCCAUCAAUGGACUAACUAACCCCGGUCCACAGUUAAAAUGCAUCAGAUGCAACUCAUUUUAUGGUCUAAUAGGCAUAUCAGUAUAUAUUUAUUUUUUUUAAUCACCAAGCAGCCAAACUUAUCGCACGUUUCAAUGUCACAUUAAAGUCAAACAAGUCUGACUACAUGGAACUGUGAUCGUUAUUUUUUUCUACUGAUCCA